AUGCGAGGCGCACAAGACCGAGGCGUGCCGGACAGCUUAGACCCCUGCGCGAGAUGUGAAGAAGCGGUCAGGUUUUUCGGGUGCACCAGCCACCCUCUGUGCAAGGCGACCAGAAAGACCCGUAAGAACGGCGCCGUGGUCGAACUCAUAGCAGAGGAGACGCGGCCGGAUGCCGACGCCGUAUCUUCAUCCGGCGAAGGUCUUGCCUCGGUCUUGGAAGAGGCGGAUCCGACCGGAAUCAACAGGUGCCAUCUACGCGUCAAGGUGCGCGGUGGGCACGUCGGAGGGGCUGCGAAGGCGGCGUGGCAGAUGCUCCGUAGGAACGGCAUCGUGCCGACGAGAGAGCACGGGGGCGCGGCGAACGGCGGCGGAGGCGGUAUUAGCAACAACGGGACCAACGCCGGCGGUGUGAGCGGGGCGGCGACGGUGGGGACAGAAGAUCUGAAGGCUGUGCUGGAGCUGGGCGCGAGAGAUGCCGUUCGACGGCUGCUGAACCAGGAGAGGAUGUCCUACCGAGACAUUCCUCAGACUACCUACAGCCGCCUCAUGGCCUCCGAAGCGGGGAAGAAGCCGCCGGCCCCUUCUCAGGCGAGGUCGGGCAAGGGCAGGGCGAGUAAGGACGUCGCGGGCCGCCUCGAGCCGCGAGAGGCCUACGAGAGGGGAAGAGGGAAGACUCUGCAAGCGUUGGGCGUGAUGGGCUGCUACAGGGAGGACUGGCCUUUGCUCAUCGUGGCCCCUGCCAGCAUGCGCCUCAUGCAAGUGGGCUGAGGAGGUGGAGCGGUGGUACCCUUUUCUAGCCCCAUCCGAAAUUCAUCUCAUCAAGGGAAACAGGGACAAGCUCUACCUCACCAAUGUCAGCAGGCACCUGUGGCCACGCGUCGUGGUGGUUUCGUACUUCAUGCUGAGGAUCCUGUCCGCCAGCGUUGGGAAGGGCGACUGGAAAGCGGUGAUCUUCGACGAGAGCCACAUGAUCUCCA